CGUCGGGCUAUAGCUUUUUUCUGAUUGGUGGCCGCUCCGGCGGCGGGUACCGUGUUGUCGGGGGGAGUGAGGAGGGGAUUGGCGACGUCGCAGUGCAGCCCCUGUCGGUCGGUUGGCUUGCACGCUGGGGGAGGGCGAAUGUGGAAUUGUGACUGGUGUUUUUCACACACAGGAAGGAGACCGGUUGGAAGGAGCUCGUGCUGUGCGGUGGGAUGACUCAUUGAAGCGUGGAUUGAACUUUUAUCUUUUUUUUUAAACACACCGAAUGUUUGCUUCUUCCGAGAAGAAGCCGACAGCUUUCUCUCCGACAUUUUGUUUUCUGGUUGACGGUGCCCGGGAGCGAAACGAAAAUGACCUUCAUGUUGUUCACGAGUUGCCGCUCAUCAAUGUGGAAGACGCCCAGUGCGGUGUGUCGAGGGAUGCGGAAAGGUUGUCUUGGUGAAAUUGCCUGUCUCAAGUGUACUGCACUAAGGUUGACAAAUCACAGAAAUGUUUGCUUCAGAAACUGCAGCAUAGUGUCUUCGAUCAACAAUCCUUUGCACAUAAGAGAUCGCUAUAACAAUUGGACAAAAGGACCAAAACGUUUGUAUUGUGGAGUUGUGGGUGCUCCUCUGCCUUGCACUUCUACCAAGAUGAGUUUUACUGGAACCCAUUGUGUAGCAGUAAGAUGGUGGCAUUCUACACAUCACAUGUAUGACGACUCCAAGGUUGAAAAAUCUCUCAAAUCUCUGAAGGAUAAGAAUAAGCGACUGGAAGAAGGUGGUCCUGUGUAUAGUCCUAUAGAACCUGAACUCCGCAAGUCCCUGAGUCAGAAGAUUGUAGAUGAAGUAAAACACUACUAUCAUGGCUUCAGGUUGUUAUGGAUUGACACAAAGAUAGCAGGCAGAAUGCUUUGGCGGAUCCUGAAUGGGUAUACUCUGUCAAGGAGAGAGCAUAGACAGUUUCUGAGGACAUGUGCUGAUCUCUUUCGCCUGGUGCCAUUCCUAGUAUUCAUCAUUGUUCCAUUCAUGGAGUUUCUUCUUCCUGUUGUCCUUAAACUUUUCCCUAACAUGCUUCCUUCAACCUUUGAGACCAAAUCAAAGAAGGAAGAAAGGUUGAAAAAGGAGCUGAGAGUGAAGCUUGAAAUGGCAAAAUUUCUUCAAGAUACAAUUGAAGAGAUUGCUCUAAGAAAUAAAGCGGCUAAGGGUGAUGUUACGAAAGACUUUUCUACUUUCUUUCAGAAGGUUCGAGAUUCUGGAGAGCGACCGAGUAAUGAGGAGAUCAUGCGUUUCUCUAAAUUGUUUGAGGAUGAGUUAACACUGGAUAACUUAACUCGACCACAGCUGGUAGCGCUUUGUAAAUUGUUGGAGCUGCAGUCAAUGGGAACCAAUAAUUUUCUACGGUUUCAACUGAUCAUGAAGCUGCGCAGCAUUCGUGCGGAUGACCAGUUGAUUGCAACAGAAGGAGUAAAUACACUGAAUGUAAAUGAGCUGCAGGCAGCUUGCCGGACCCGGGGAAUGAGAGCACUAGGGGUGACUGAAGCACGCUUACAAGAGCAACUUAAGCAAUGGUUGGAGCUCCAUCUGAACCAGCAGAUUCCAACAUCACUCUUGCUUUUGUCCAGGGCUAUGUUCCUUCCAGAUACCCUUUCACCUGCUGAUCAGCUUACAACAACUUUACAGACGUUGCCAGAUAGUGUGGCAAAGGAAGCGCAAGUCAAAGUAGCGGAAGUUGAAUGUGAUAAAGUGGAUAAUAAAGCUAAAUUGGAAGCAACCUUAGAAGAAGAGGCAGCCAUCAAGAGGGAGAACCAGGAGCGAGAGAUGGAACGUAUGGCAGAAGCUGCAGAAAAAGCUAAAGAAAGCUUACAGGUUGAAGCCAGCAAGGAAAUAGAGUCAGCAGUGGAUCUGGAAGCAGCAGUUGUCAGCGUAAAGCAAAGCCAGAAUACUGUCGAUGCAGAGCAGGAAUUGGCUAAUGUAGACUUGACAAUGCAUUCUGAGACCUUGAAAGAUCCAGCCCCUGUGUUAGAAGGAAUUAAGGGUGAAGAGAUUACAAAAGAGGAAAUAGAUAUGAUUAGUGAUGCUUGCACCAAGUUGAAGGAACAGAAGAAACUACUCACCAAAGAGAAGGAAGAGCUAGAGGAAUUGAAGGGGGAUGUACAAGAGUAUAAUGAGGAUUUAGAAGAGAUUAAGAAGGAAUUUUCCAAAACUGGAAAGGAGACUGUUGUAGAAGAGUCCAAAGCUAGCAAACGAUUAACAAAGAGAGUAAACCGAAUGAUUAGCCGAAUUGACACGCUCAUUGUUGAGCUGGAGAAGGGCAAAGAGGUGCUGGAUGAUCGACUGGAUAGUGAUGCAACACCCCAUACAGGUUUGUAUUUCACCUUUAGGGAAAAUAUCAUCAGCAUCAAUGAACUAAUCAGCGCAAUGAGGCAGAUCCAGAAUAUCCCCCAGCACAAAUUACAGAAGAUUGCUGAAUCCCUGGAUGAAAACAAGGAUGGCAGAAUUGAUAUCAAUGAUGUUAUAAAAGUAGUGAAGUUAAUUGAUAAAGAAGACAUAGAUAUCUCUACCAACCAGGUUGCAGAGAUUUUAGAACUGUUGCGUAAAGAAGAGAAAGUUGUUGAACACCAAAAAGCAAAAGAAAAAUCAGUGAAGGAACAAGUGGCAGAAGUCCAGAAUUAAACAGCUUCAAGUAAUAAAAUGCUUAUGAUAUCAGAAUUCGUUUAACUUUGUUUGAUUUUUGAAAUCAGUUGUAACUACAUCUAGAGGAAUCGAACAAUACUGCAGAAGAAUUGUAGAUUGAUUGUGCUACAGAAAUGGAAUAAUGUUUUCUGUUAUGCCAGGAAUCCCACCUUUCCAGAAGCUUGGAAACAAUAUGAAAGAACUGUUUCUUUGAAAAUGCAGUUAUAAAAGAAAUGUUGUGAUGUGAAAAGCUCUAAUAAUAUUGUUUUUAUAAUUGAACAAAGCAACAGAAAAACAUUAGCCUUGGUGGUCAUUGGUCUGUUUUCUAAAAUGCUUACACAAUUUUGGUUUCCAUUUGGUGCCAGAUUAAGUGAAGUUUAUAUUGAUUCUUCGGUAUUUCCUCACUACUUGUACAAAACUUCCAGGUUAGUGUAUGGAAAUUGAUGCGUUACCACUAUUAAUUUGUAGUAUUUGUAUUACCACAAAUCUGUAAUACCGAACCCAUUUAUCUUCAAAUCUUUCAAAAUUGGGUUUAACUUCAAAACUCAAUCUUGUUGUAUCCAGUAAAACUGAUUUUGGAUGAAUUCUAGGAGGUGCAAUAUCAGAGGAAUUAGAUAAAUGCGCCAAACCAAAGAAUAUUUUAGCUCAUUUUGGAUACUCUAAAUUCCUUUUGCAUCCUUAAGGUGUUAAAUCUGACAUAUAGUGCAUCUACUUAUUUAUAAUGUAGGCAUUUUUAAUAAAUAGUAUGGAUAUUAGACUACAUUGGCAUUGUUUAUUUCUGCACACCCCAAGCAGAUUAUGUUUUACUCUAUGCGUUUGUUUGCAUAUGUUUUGUGGAUCAGGUUUUUAGGAAUACACUCAGGUAUUGCUAAAUUCAUUUUUAAGUGGUUAACUUAAAAAAAAACAGCAUGUCCCAUCUUUCAAAUUAUAUCCUUGUAUUUAUAUUGUGGUGAUUGCAGCAAUCAAUGUGUUUAUCUGUGCAAGAUUGUAGUAUACUAAUGGAUAAUGAUGUAGCUAUGGAAAUUUGAAUGUUAACUACAUUUCCGUCAUAGAACAUCUCAGUAUUUCACUGUUUGUUUGCCUUGCCAUGGGAACAUGGAUUCAAUGUGCAAAAUAUUUUUUCUUUCUUGCAUAAAUUCAAAAUGAACCUACACAUGAAUAUGAUGGUUAAAAAUGUUAACUUGUAGACUGUACAAAGUUUUGAUUUCCAUUUGGUGCCAGAUUAAGUGAAGUAUAUAUUGAUUCUUCGGUAUUUCCUCACUACUUGUACAAAACUAAUGAGAAAUCACUAAUCAUACAACCUUUGUGCACAAUCUGUGCUAUAUUUGCACUAUUGACUUGUAUAUGUUUUUUUUUGAUGUUUUUGUUUUAGAUUUGACAUUGAUUAUUUGAGUAAAGUUGAUGUUAGUCUCACUAAUAAUAGUGACAAAGUGUAUGUAUGGUUUGAUGGCAUUUGUCAUGAAAACUGCAUUUUUUGGCUGCAAAAUUAUUGGAUUGUUUUUCCCCUAAACCUAAUUAAGAAAAUUAACUAUUUUAUGACAUUGUUUUAGUCCAUUUUAUAUAUUUCUGAUUUUUGUUUUUGCAUGACCAUAGCCCCCUUUCCAACUCUUGACUGAAACUUUCAAGUUUCGAUACUGUUUCCCCUGCACUUACAUCUAAUAUGGAAAGAUGCACAGCAUCAAACUGGUUAUUUGGAAAUGAGCAAUUGAUAAUUCAGGCGAUUACGCUGUGGAAAUGAGAUCUGUGCAAAUUGAUGCUUUUCACUAGCUUCAGAGGAAACAUCAGACCAGCUUAAUGUAUAUGGUUAGCUUAUCAGGCUGGAAAAGGACUCUCCAUAAAUUUGUUUCUAACAUUGAAAGAAAUUGAAUUGGCAAUAUGCUACAUGAAGCCUUUGCACGUUUAGCUCUUUGCAAUUUCUGCAUCAUUCUCAACAGCCAACAGGGGUAUACUGGAGAUAUUCACCCUCGUUACUUUCCAUCAAGUAUUUUGUUGUGACACCAAAUGUGGAGAAACCUUGUUUGGAAUUUUAUUUCCUCCCAAACCUGUCUUCAAGUCUGUGCAACCCUUUCAAUUAUUCUGUAAUAAUAUUGUUGGAUUCUGGUACGUUGCAGUGCAGAGUAAUAUCCUUUUUACUUCUGGGCCUGGAUUCAAAUCAAGCCGGAAGUGAUAUGUUUGGUAACAUAAUUAAAGCUGCCCUAAAUUUGGGAUUAUCACAAAGUGUAGCUGGUGCUGAGAAUGUAAAAUUUCACACUUACUGCUCGGUAGUUGGAAAUUGAAUUAGAAAGAGCUUUACUUUCCCUCUGUCUGUAUUAUACCCAGUGUGGACCUACCUGAUUACAACUCUAAGUGAAAUAUAAUAUGUUUUGAUGAAUGGAACAUGAUAGUAAGCAAGAUUGAAAGUCAAUGACACCAGAUUUUCAAAGAAGAGGCACAAGGAACUAGGCAAUCUGAAAAUUUGAGAGUAGUAUAUGGACUCUCAUUAAGUAACUGCAGAGUAAAUUAGAAAUACUAAUCAAAGUGCACUUUUAAAAUGAAAUUUAAAGGGGAGAAUAUUAAUUUCAAUGAUUCAUUUUGCCUGUUGAAAAUAUUCUGUUCUGAAAUGAUGAAUUCUAAGUGUUAGUUAUGGCGUUAAAAAUACUGAAAUGUUGUAGGCUAGAGAUCAUUGUCUUAGUAACUACAGGCUAUGGCCCUGCUUUAAUAACUUGUACCUGCUAGAGCAUGAAUGUGUACAGAAAUGGUGCUCUGAUCUUUGGAAAAUAUAAAAGAUAUUUUUAGAAGUUACAUGAAAACAAUGGUCUAGACUUGGAGUAGUUAACUUCAAAGAAAUCUGGGAAUUUGUGUAUAAAAAUUGGAAAAUGAAUUAAAGUGCACAAAGUUAAAUCCGAACAAAA